UACUGACAGUAUAUAAACUCACUUGGAGGCUACAAGUUUCACAGUUCUCCCAAAAACCAGGGGAAGAACAGACAGAGCAUCAUGAGGACCAGAAUCCUAUUGAUGUUGAGCGUCCUCAGUGUCUUCAGUGAAGAACAAGUGUCUUUUGCGUUUCCCAAUCCUAAUGAAAACACACUCUCAAAACCAUCAGUACACGCAUCCUGUUCAACGAGUGCGAGAAACCUGCAGGAAUCUAUUUUAAUUGUUCAGUGUCCAUCUGAGUGCCAAGUGAAUGGACGAACUGUUUGGGGAACUGAUGUCUACACAGAUGAUUCCUCAAUAUGUAAAGCAGCUAUCCAUGCUGGAAUUCUGGGUAAUAAUGGAGGACUGGUGACAGUGGGAAAAAGACCUGGACAACAGAGUUACAGUGGAUCAGCAAGGAAUGGAGUCACAACAAUCAAUUAUGGAUCUUGGCCUGGGUCAUUUGUAUUUCAUGGUUCCCCAAAACCACCAACUCCUAAACCUACAGAAGUACCAACCCAAAAACCACCAGUAAAUGGAUCCUGUUCAACUAGUGCCAGAGAUCUUCAGGAAUCAAUUUCAAUUGUUCAAUGUCCAUCUGAGUGCCAGGUGAACGGAGGAAUUGUUUGGGGAACUGAUGUCUACACAGAUGAUUCCUCAAUAUGUAAAGCAGCUAUCCAUGCUGGAAUUCUGGGUAAUAAUGGAGGACUGGUGACAGUGGGAAAAACACCUGGACAACAGAGUUACAGUGGAUCAGCAAGGAAUGGAGUCACAACAAUCAAUUAUGGAUCUUGGCCUGGGUCAUUUGUAUUUCAUGGUUCCCCAAAACCACCAACUCCUAAACCUACAGAAGUACCAACCCAAAAACCACCAGUAAUUGGAUCCUGUUCAACUAGUGCAAGAAACCUGCAGGAAUCAAUUUCAAUUGUUCAAUGUCCAUCUGAGUGCCAGGUGAACGGAGGAACUGUUUGGGGAACUGAUGUCUACACAGAUAAUUCCUCAAUAUGUAAAGCAGCUAUCCAUGCUGGAAUUCUGGGUAAUAAUGGAGGACUGGUAACAGUGGGAAAAACACCUGGACAACAGAGUUACAGUGGAUCAGCAAGGAAUGGAGUCACAACAAUCAAUUAUGGAUCUUGGUCUGGGUCAUUUGUAUUCCAUGGUUCCCCAAAACCACCAACUCCUAAACCUACAGAAGUACCAACCCAAAAACCACCAGUAAAUGGAUCCUGUUCAUCUAGUGCCAGAAACCUGCAGGAAUCAAUUUCAAUUGUUCAAUGUCCAUCUGAGUGCCAGGUCAAUGGAGGAACUGUUUGGGGAACUGAUGUCUACACAGAUGAUUCCUCAAUAUGUAAAGCAGCUAUCCAUGCUGGAAUUCUGGGUAAUAAUGGAGGACUGGUGACAGUGGGAAAAAGACCUGGACAACAGAGUUACAGUGGAUCAGCAAGGAAUGGAGUCACAACAAUCAAUUAUGGAUCUUGGCCUGGGUCAUUUGUAUUUCAUGGUUCCCCAAAACCACCAACUCCUAAACCUACAGAAGUACCAACCCAAAAACCACCAGUCAAUGGAUCCUGUUCAACUACUGCCAGAAACCUGCAGGAAUCAAUUUCAAUUGUUCAAUGUCCAUCUGAGUGCCAGGUGAACGGAGGAAUUGUUUGGGGAACUGAUGUCUACACAGAUGAUUCCUCAAUAUGUAAAGCAGCUAUCCAUGCUGGAAUUCUGGGUAAUAAUGGAGGACUGGUGACAGUGGGAAAAACACCUGGACAACAGAGUUACCGUGGAUCAACAAGGAAUGGCGUCACAACAAUCAAUUAUGGAUCUUGGCCUGGGUCAUUUGUAUUUCAUGGUUCCCCAAAACCACCAACCCCUAAACCUACAGAAGUACCAACCCAAAAACCACCAGUAAAUGGAUCCUGUUCAACUAGUGCCAGAAACCUGCAGGAAUCAAUUUCAAUUGUUCAAUGUCCAUCUGAGUGCCAGGUCAACGGAGGAACUGUUUGGGGAACUGAUGUCUACACAGAUGAUUCCUCAAUAUGUAAAGCAGCUAUCCAUGCUGGAAUUCUGGGUAAUAAUGGAGGACUGGUGACAGUGGGAAAAAGACCUGGACAACAGAGUUACAGUGGAUCAGCAAGGAAUGGAGUCACAACAAUCAAUUAUGGAUCUUGGCCUGGGUCAUUUGUAUUUCAUGGUUCCCCAAAACCACCAACUCCUAAACCUACAGAAGUACCAACCCAAAAACCACCAGUAAAUGGAUCUUGUUCAACUACUGCCAGAGAUCUUCAGGAAUCAAUUUCAAUUAUUCAAUGUCCAUCUGAGUGCCAGGUGAACGGAGGAACUGUUUGGGGAACUGAUGUCUACACAGAUGAUUCCUCAAUAUGUAAAGCAGCUAUCCAUGCUGGAAUUCUGGGUAAUAAUGGAGGACUGGUGACAGUGGAAAAAACACCUGGACAACAGAGUUACAACGGAUCAGCAAGGAAUGGAGUCACAACAAUCAAUUAUGGAUCUUGGCCUGGGUCAUUUGUAUUUCAUGUUACCUCAAAACCACCAACUCCUAAACCUACAGAAGUACCAACCCAAAAACCACCAGGUAGCCUCUUGUCAAAUAUCACACAUAACUAUGUACAAGCAACGUGUUCAACUGCCAUUAGAGACCUACAAGAUUCUAUCGCAUUAGUCCAAUGUCCAUCAGACUGCAUGGUUAAUGGAAGAAAUGUCUGGGGGACUGAUGUCUACACUGAUGAUUCCUCCAUUUGCAAAGCAGCUAUCCAUGCUGGAAUUCUGGGUAAUAAUGGAGGACUGGUGACAGUGGAAAAAAACCCUGGACAACAGAGUUACAGUGGAUCAACAAGGAAUGGAGUCACAACAAGCAAUUAUGGAGCUUGGUCUGGAUCAUUUGUAUUCCGUGCUUCCUCAAAACCACCAAUUUCUAAACCUACAAUAGUACCAACCCAAAAACCACCAGUACAAGCAACCUGUUCAACCACCGCUAGAGACCUUCAAGAUUCUAUCGCACUAGUCCAAUGUCCAUCGGAUUGCACAGUUAAUGGAAGAAAUGUCUGGGGAACUGAUGUCUACACCGAUGAUUCCUCUAUUUGCAAAGCAGCUAUCAAUGCUGGAAUUCUGGGUAAUAAUGGAGGACUGGUGACAGUGGAAAAAACACCUGGACUUUCGAGUUACACUGGAUCAACGAGGAAUGGAGUCACAACAAACAAUUAUGGAUCUUGGACUGGAUCAUUUGUAUUACGUGGUACCUCAAAAACCCCAACUCCUAAACCUACAAAAAUAUCAACCCAAAAACCACCAGUACAAGGAACCUGUGCAACUACUGCUAGAGACCUAACAGGAUCUAUUACAAUGGUUCAAUGUCCAUCGGAUUGCUUGGUGACUGGACAGAACAUUUGGGGAACUUAUAUUUAUACAGAUGAUUCUUCCAUUUGCAAAGCAGCUAUCCAUGCUGGAAUUUUGGAAAAUAAUGGAGGACUAGUGGCAGUAAAGAAGAUACCUGGUCAAAGCAGUUACAGUGGAUCCAGCAGGAAUGGAAUCACAUCAAAUAACUAUGGAUAUUUUUCUGGGUCAUUUAUAUUUUAAAAUCUAGAAGAACCUGAAACCACUGAAUCCACAGAUGAACAAGCACAAUUGAAAGAGUUAAUUUUAGGGUGAUAAGAAGGGUAAAAAAGACAUGGCUGAAUAGUUAUGGGUUUAACCAGGGGGAUUAAAGUACCCUAAUGAUGACACAGCAAAACAUUAUUUUAGGAAGCAGUAAGGAUGCCAAGCCAAUGAUGAUAGUGCCCCAUAUGCUCCUUAAAAUAAUUAACAGAAAAAGGAAGCCAUAAAAUGUCCUUUCAUCAAGGCUACAUUGCAAAGAAUAAUAAUCUAAUAAAGCCCUCCCCCC